UACACCAACAAUGCAAGCUGUGGCGAAGAAACCAUCAUCAACGGAGGGAGCUAGGAUGAUGGAGAUCAUCAACAUCGACGGCGGCGGAGAAUCGUCGUCGUCGUCGUCCUCCAGGUUGGCGAUGAUGGGGUUGGAGAGUAGUAGUCCGUACGAGAUGGUGAGGCAGCUGGGGUCGUGCAACGCCGUGGUUGUGUUCAGCAUGAGCGGGUGUUGUAUGAGCACGGUGGUGAAGCAGCUCCUGUUCGGCCUCGGCGUUGGCCCCACCGUCGUCGAGCUCGACCAACACGUGGCCGGACCCCACAUCGAGGCCGUACUCUUCGACCUCCUCGGCGCCGGAGGACGACGCCAGCCCGUCCCGGCUGUCUUCGUCGGCGGCAAGUUCUUGGGUGGCGUCGAGACCCUCAUGGCUUGCCACAUCAAUGGAACCCUCGUCCCUCUCCUCAAGGACGCUGGAGCUCUCUGGCUUUGACUCUCUGUUCACUUCUUAAUCACCCUUUCCUUACUAUAAUUAGUCUUUUUUCUAAUAAUUUUCUUACUUACUGUAGGAUUAUAAAUAGUCUAUAACUUAUAUAUUAUAUAAAUUAAUAU